GGGAGGAAAGCGAGGAAAAGGAGGUGCGAAGGCGAGAGAUGGAGAGUGAGAGAAGCAGCAUGAAGCACGUAGAGUGAGAGGAAGAGGCAAAAAGGAAAAAAAGAAGGAGGAGAAGAAAAUGGAAAGGACCCCCUGGCCCAAUGCAAGCCAGGAAUGGGGUAGAAGACGGUGUGUAGCUGGAACAGAGCCUGCAGACCCUCACACGGUGAAACACACACUCCGGAAGACCCAUGCCCGCUCUUGCUGACAAGGCAGGGACAGACUAACCCGUGGCAGCAAUGUCACUCCUGUCCUUAACUGCCCUUCCCGGCUGGAACAUGUGCUCUGCUCUUUAUAUCCUCAUUGUGUUGCUCCCAGAGGCCAAAGCAGACGGCCUGAAUGCUACCAUUAUCCGCAAUGGUGGGGGCUCCCAGUGUGGCGAGUACACAAACCAGUUGAUGGAGAAUGGGAUGUGUCGCCUGGUGGCCACACUGCCUCAGCUGGACGAGCGGAGAUGCCCCGAUAUGUUUCGCUGCACGGACGAGGUUUCGUAUUGGCUGCACGAGAAUGAGGAGAGGAAGCAGCAGAUCGAGGCACUGAAAGAGACCAUCUCUGAGCUGCAGGAGGAGCUGAGGAACCAUCGGCACCGCAUCAAAGUGCUCGAGCUGCAGGCUGAAGAGAGGCUCCACUUGAACGCCUCUUUGGAACAGCGUUUUCAUGAGUUGGAGCUCCACUAUGCCGAAGCCACGACCCUGCUGCACUUACAGGGGACUCUGAUCCUAGACCUUCAGAACCAACUCCAUAAUCUAACACUUCUGGUGGAUAAAGUAAAAAGAAGCCCGGGUUGUUCGAUUAACAUUGUCCGACCCAAUCCUCUCAUAAAUGCUAAAGAUGCCCUGCAUCCAGAGAUUCAGCAUGUGAGGAACUGUCCUAUAGAUUGCACCUCUGUCUAUUAUAACGGCGUGAGGAGAUCUGGUCUUUACACUGUGGUGCCAUCACUGGCAGGGAUGCCUGUAGAAGUCUAUUGUGACAUGGACACAGAUGGUGGUGGCUGGACUGUGAUUCAGCGGAGAUUUGAUGGCUCAUUGAGCUUUGACCGCAACUGGAGGGACUACAGAGAUGGAUUUGGCGACCUGCACUCAGAGUUCUGGCUAGGCAAUGACCACAUACAUGAUCUGAGUACCCAGGGACACUACAGCCUCCGCAUUGACCUGGAGGACUGGAGCAACAAGCACAAACAUGCCCUCUACCAGAGCUUCAGUGUGGAAGAUGAGGAGCAUCAGUACCGUCUCCAUGUGUCAGGCUUCAGUGGCACGGUGCAGGACUCUUUCGGUUGGUACCAUGACAAGCAGGGCUUCAGCACGCCAGACAGUGGCAACAUCUGCGCUGAGAUCUCACACGGCGGUUGGUGGUACAACCAGUGCUUCUACGCCAACCUUAAUGGAGUCUAUUACAGGGGAGGCCAUUACACCCCCAAAGGACGAGGGCCUCUAGGUCCUGAUGGAAUCGUUUGGCACUCCUGGAAAGACUCUGAUUAUUAUUCCCUACGCAAAGUCAGCAUGAUGAUACGACCCCGCAACUUCCAAAGCCGUUCAUCACCCUGAUCCAUUUUCACCAUAACAGUGGUGAGGAUACAGGAACUGGGCUUCCUCGCAGCAAUAGUAGGGAUGUGGCAUUUUCUUAUAUGCAAAGGAAACAUUUUUUGUAUGGAGCAGACCUACUGAGUAACCUCUGGAAAAGGAAUGUCCUGUUUUCAAAUCUUAAGCGACUGCAACAGAUAUUCAUAUUAUAUUGUGUGAAUAUAACCUUCAUCCUGCUCACUGUUUUUUUUUUUUCAUGGUAAGUGAAUUCAUUGUUUUAUACUUGUUUUUGUACCUUAGUUUGAUACUGUUGACAUUUGAAAUACCAGCCAAAAACGUAUUUGUAUGAGAGAAAUGGCCCAUAGUUUUUUUUAGCCACCGAGUGGAGGCAGUUUGCAGCUGGCAAGAAUCAUGUGACACAGUUUGCUGAAUGCUCUGCGCUUAUUGCAUAUUUAUAAUCACUCUGUUGCCAGUUUUAUUCUUUUGAUGCUCCUCUAGUAUUUUAAUCAAAUGUGCAAAUGUAUUUGAAAUAAAAAGGGUUUAAUAUUACUACACAAAAUCAGGCCAUAAGCUCACUUAAUUAUAUUAGAACUAAUGACCCAUACUUGAUAUUUGAUACGUGAUACUGUCUCAGAGUAUUGGGUCAGACAAAGAUGAUGUGCUAUCUGAGAACUGCAUGUACAUAAACAUAAAUGUAUGACUUGUGCAAUAAACACUAUAUGUACACAUAAAAUAUGGCAUAAA